UGAUAAUCCAGAGUGGAGACGAUAGUUGGUAAGAACCGCGGCUGGAGGAGCCGAAGUAAGUGAAAGGCACUUGACUCGCCGGGCCACGCGGACAUGAGGGACAAUCCGGCGGCACGGUGCCGCCGAGAGAUUCAGGAAGGCGGGCCGCGCUGAAGGGGCCGCAAGGGCCAGCGCAAAAUGAGGCCCGGACCAGGGCCCUGGGAGACAAUAUCAGCUGCGCGUCACCAGCAGCAUCGUCGUCGCACGUACCGCGACGAUUCGUGAACGGUGUCUGCGAAACGUGAGUCCGUGCGAUAUCCCGAACAAUAGCUUAGCAGCUUUGCAAGGGUUUGAUCUCGAAGCCCUUAGGGGUGGGAGGGGCUCCGAGCGUAUCGCUUGUGCCGAUAGAGGGUGAGUCCCGAAAGACGAGGACGAUGUGGCUCUCGCUGCUCGUAGCCGGAGUCUUGGGCGGCUGUUUGGGAGUGCUCGCGUUACCCGAGUCACCAUCACCACCGCCUCCACCAGCUGCUAACACCGACUGGAAGAGGACGAGUAGCCCGGUUCCGACAAGCUACCUCGAGGAGGAUUAUUAUUACGGAAAAUCGAUGAUAUUUGGUUUGGGGCCGUACGAGGACAAGUGGACAAAUCGCCGGCGAAACGCACGAAGCCCUUACCAACAAGAGAAAGGACCCGUACCAGUUAGUCGCCGCUACCUGAACGAGACUGUGAUGGAACGGCCUCGAGCCAGUCGCUCCCUUGAGUAUCAACAACAACAACAGCAGCAACGAGAACGGGCACGGAACCGCACGAGGACGGAUUCACCACGGGAGCAGCGUCGAAGGUGUCGAAACCGCAACUGCCGUGGUAGGAACUGGUGCCCAGACAUGGACGUGGGUAAUCGAGCGUAUAUGGCGCCGACAGUAUUUGAGGGUAAAGCGCGUAGCAUGUCCUCACUGCGGAAGCCUGGCUCAAACUACGCGGUCACGUUCGAAGUUAAGGAGGUGUACAAGAGCCAACCGGGCUUCCUGCCUUUACAGAAGAACGACAGUGUUAGGCUGCACUUUCGCGAUAAAACUGUACCAGGUAAAUCGACGAUAUGCGGACACGAUAGCUAUGGAAACAAGGAGCUUUCAAAUGGUCAUAAUAUCUACCAGCAGCAACAGCAACAGCAGCAGCAGCAGCGAGAACGCGACAAUCUGAGUGCCGGUAUAGUGCGGGCUAAUAUCAAGAGGGGUAAAGUGUAUCUUGUGUUUGUGAACCGCGUGGGACCCAGGAACUUCACGAUCCUCGGCGAGCCGGUCAUACGAAGCAAGAAAAACGAGCAGGCCGUGCAGGCCGUCAUUCGUCCUGAUUACGUGAGAGAAGUCACGUUAUCCGAGUUAAGAGACUCAGUGGCGAGGUACCGGGACAGAGUUAAACUUGUGUGUCGAACGCGAGGUUCACCACCUCCGAGAGUGCGCUGGCUUAAAGAUGGAGUUCCUUUACAACCACGAAGAGGUCUUCGGAUCCAACACAAACGGCGGAGGUCUAAAGUGGUGAUAUCCUCAGCACGACCGGAAGAUAGUGGCAGAUACGAAUGCGUGGCUGAAAGCACUUCCGGUCAUAGGGCUUCACUCGCAGCCCAGCUUCUAGUCGCUCAUGAUACGAGAAUUCCUGAAACCACGACAGCGGCGUGGUUGAGGCAAGAGCAGCCCUGUCCGAUCGCAGGAGACUUUUGUAUGAACGGUGGUACCUGUUUGUUUUUCGAGACAGUCGGAGAGCCAGCCUGCAGGUGCGCCGAGGGUUUCACGGGCUUGAGAUGCGAGACCAAGGACGUCAUCAGUACUGGAACUUUCGGAGAGGAAUAAGAUCCAAAGCACCGUCAUGAGAGAGUGAGUGAGAGGGAGAGGUUGUCGAAAAUAAACUCUUGGCAACUCGAUGCGCCAUGCAGCGACGAUGGCGACUGGAUAUUUUCGCCCCGUGCCAACAUCAAGGGAAUGGGAACACGCGACGGAAGUCUCGGCGGCGCCGCCCAACCCACACCCACAACGCGGAAAGGAAAUACGAGAAAGAAGCUGACGGCGGCCGCUGGAGAGGCCCGUCUGGAAAAGCGUCCGUUAAAUGACGACGCGUGCUUUUUUGGCGAGGAAGAGACGCGCACACCUUCGUCAUUAAAUCGUUUCUCUCACUCUUCGCGCGCUGCUUAUUCGAGCUCCUAUUGGGCUUCGAGAUUUUUCAUACAUGGAUAAUGAUGCGAAG